CCUCCAAAGCACCACUGUCAUCUCUCAGACACCUGCCCAAAGAUUCACUCUCAUCUUGCAAUGUGGUGCAGUCGUAUGGCCCUGCGUCGGCUCCAGCAGAUUGCAGUUACUCCUUUGAAUAUGGCUGGGGGUCUAACAAGCAACAUGCAGAGGGAGAUGUCAACUCUGCCACGGGUGUAUAUCACCCGACAGAUCCCGCCUGAGGGCCUGAAGAUCCUCAGUGAAUCUGGACAGGUGCAGUUUGAGCUGUGGGACUCCGAUGAUGUUCCCGUGCCAAGGAAGGAGCUGCUUCAGAAGGUCAAAGGAGUUGAUGGUCUGGUCUGCGUGCUGACGGAGAAGAUCGAUGCAGAGUUGUUGGAUGCUGCAGGUCCAAACCUGAAGGUUCUCAGUACUAUGUCAGUGGGUUUUGACCAUCUCUCCUUAGAGGAGCUGAAAAAAAGAGGGAUCCGUGUGGGUUACACCCCUGAUGUUCUGACAGACUCAGUGGCUGAACUGACGGUGGCUCUUCUGCUCACCACCUCCAGGAGGCUCAUAGAGGCCACACAUGAAGCCAAGACUGGUGGCUGGGGCACAUGGAGAACUCUGUGGCUGUGUGGACACGAGCUGGCCCACAGCACUGUUGGUAUCCUGGGCCUGGGGAGGAUUGGUGUGGCUAUCGCCGAGCGUCUGGCACCUUUCAAAGUAAAGAAGUUCAUCUACACAGACGUGGCCCCGAGGCCUGAGCUGGCCAGUGUCAUCAAUGCAGAAUAUGUUUCUUUUGACGAGCUGGCCAAGCAAUCAGAUUUCCUGUCUGUGUGCUGUGCUUUAACGCCGGAAACAAAGGAGAUCUGCAACAAAGACCUCUUCUCCAAGAUGAAAAACACUUCCAUCUUUAUCAACACAAGCAGAGGUGGUGUGGUGAACCAGGAAGACCUGUAUGAGGCUCUGUCCACUGGGCAGAUAGCAGGAGCGGGGUUAGAUGUUACGGUUCCUGAGCCCCUGCCCACCAGCCACCCACUGUUCACCCUCAAAAACUGCGUGAUUCUCCCACAUAUUGCUAGUGCCUCCUAUUACACCCGUAACAACAUGUCCGCCCUGGCAGCGAACAACCUCCUCCUGGGUCUGCGGGGCGAGCCCAUGAUCAAAGAACUCAAACUGUGAUAAGAAACUAAGUCCACACAUUCUUGACCAUUAGUUUAACUCAUGUGCUUAAUUAUUAAGAUUCAACCACAACUUUAAGUUUGUAAUUGUAUGCUCCUUUAUUUGCCAAUGUUUAAAUCUUUAUUCAACUGAACAUGUAAAGUAAUAUUAAACUCGAUCUUCUCCUUUUUGCUGUCAGCUUAUACAUAUAAAUUUCGAGUGCAACAAAACUGAA